AUGACGCUCAGAGCUGCACAAGAUUCGGAAGCAAGGAGGUUGCUUGAUCGCCUUCUCGCAGCCCAUGAAGAGCCAAUGACUUCAGAGCACCUCAACACAGAGUUUUAUAGAACGACUUCUGCAUUAUUUCUUCAGUCUGUUUACGGAUAUGAACUCAAGUCCUCCGAAGAUCAGUUCCUUACCGACAUUAUUAUCCUGAACUCGGUCCUAAACCAAGCGUCUUUACCCACAGGUUUUCUAGUUAACGUGUUCCCUUGGAUGGAGCAUAUUCCGGACUGGUUUCCAGGCACUGGAUGGAAGCAAACAGCAUAUCAGUGGCGAGCGUGGAAGGAUCGAGCAAUAGACAAUGUCUAUAAUUGGUCCAAACAACGCAUUAUUAAUGGCCUUGAUGAUAGCUCGGUUGUGUCGCAUAUUUAUAGAGAUGCUCGGCAGACGGGCUUCAAUGAAGCCGAUGCUGACGAUUUCUGUAAGAACUCAACUUUGGCUAUGCUGUGGUUUGUAGUGGCGAUGGCGAUGUAUCCGGAUAUUCAAGAAAAGGCUCAGCAAGAAAUCGAUCAAAUUGUUGGGACAGAUCGAUUGCCAAACGUCGAAGAUCGUCCCAGUUUACAUUACGUUGAAAGAUUGUUGACUGAAAUAGUGAGGUGGUAUCCCAGUGCGCCGUUUGGUGUGCCGCAUGUUUGCACUGAAGAGAAUGAAUACAGGGGAUACAGAAUCCCCAAGGGUGCAGUUAUGAUUGGUCAUAUCAGGGCGACCGUCAGAGAAGAACAUGUUUAUAAAGAUGCCGAAGAGUUCAAUCCAGAUCGAUUUUUGGAUCCAACAGUGCCACCUCCGCAGGCUUUCGGGAUCUGUCCCGGACAACACUUUUUCAGAGAAAUGUUUUAUAUUGAGGUGGUUUUGAUUCUCGCAACUAUGAAGGUCGAGAGAUGUAAAGACGAGAACGGUAAAGACAUCGUACCCACCGCCGAGACGACGGAGAACAACGUGAUUUCACGCCCAGUACCCUUCAAAGUCAAAAUUGUCCCCCGUUCUGAGCACCAUGCAGAACUCAUACGCACGGCAGUGUGA